AACAGAAUUAUUAGCAUGUUUUUUCUCUUUACCAGACAUCCAUUUCAGGGCCAGUACAACGUAUCAGAUGUCAAACUAAGAUUGUCACAUUCUGUCCAGAAUAGUGAACGUGGGAAGAAGCUUGGAAAUGCAAUGAUCUCCACGAGCCGCAGUGUGGUGCAGACAGGAAAGGCAGUCAGUCAAUCUGUAGGAGGGGCACUCACUAGUGCCAAAUCUGCCAUGACCUCGUGGUUUUCCACGUUCAACCAACAAUCUGCUGCAUCUUUCACUGAAAGACAGACGGGGAAACACUGACAACUUCAUAUGCAAGGAUGAUUGCAGGCACUGGGCAUUCCAAUAUUAUUCUGCAGAGAGCUGGAACUCGUUGAUUUAUUAAAAGGCCUGGUUAUAAUCAGUAUAUUCCUUAUUUCUGGUGCCAGGUAAUAAUGAUCAGACUUAUCACUGUUUAUCUAUUUUGCUUAUUACCUCAACUUGAGACAACUUUUCAUUAUUAGAUGCUUGCUGAUUUAUGUAGAAUGUGUAUUUUGGCCAAUUGACAAAGAAGUUGUAUUUCUUACUGUACAACCGUAGAGGCAGUGGAUAAAUGUAUUUGUUAAUAGUGUGUGCCUCUGCAUCACUUUCAUAAUCUUUAAUUGGGAUUAAUAAUUAAAUGGCAAACUUUAUAUUUUUCUCUUGUUUGCAACAAUCGUAAGAAAGUUCCAGUAAAUAUAAUCACUGAAGUAAUUAAAACCCAUGUUCUUAAUUGAUUCUACCAAACCGAUGCUGUGUACUGACAGGGAUGUACAUAUGUUCAUUUUUAAGCAAUUGAAAUGAAAUAUUUUAGUGCUUAAAUAUGGGGAAAAACUGCUUAGAUUUGAUUAAGUUGUAUUUAAAUAAAAAGGGAAAUAAUUCUGGGCUCAAGACCUUCAUCUCCCUUCCAAGAAUGCCAUUACCCUCAAAUAGUGAACUGGAGUAUUCAGAUCAUGAAAACUAAACACUUAAUAUUUAUGCUUGUAAUGCAUUGACCCGUAGGUUUUUGACUAAUCAAAUAUGCAACUGCCUGUAAUAACUCAUGUAUUUUUAAAUAACUUGAAAGAAAUGCUUGUAAAUAUAACUUUCCAGUUUUAUUUAAAUUAACAUUUUCUUUGGUGUAAAUCAUUAAAUCUUAUUUUCUCAUCUAAUGCAAAUAUGGCCUUGCAAAUUUUGAAAUAAUGGCAUUGGUGUAUGCUGUACUUUAAUGCAGAAAACUGCAGGCAGACAUUAGUGUCGGUCAGAAAGUUGUUUGUGAAAGUAUUCUGGACAAAAUAUAGCACUUGCAUAUAGUCUCUUUCUCUUUCCCUUUAAUAAGGGAAAUAGUGAAGUUUACAUUCCUAGCCGCAUUCUGCAUCAGUUUUGAUUAAAAAGGGGGAGAAGAUAAUGUACUGGUUUUACAGUGGUAUGGUACACAAUGUUAUAAUUUGAAUUCAAAUGUUUUUGGAAUCAGUCAAGACAUUUUUUGUGAGGGGUGCAAGCUCUUCUCAUACAAAAUGGAUCUAUCCAAUUUUAUGAAGGUGUAAGUUGGUUACAAUAGAUUUAAUAGAUUGUACUUUGCAUAUUAAGUUUAGUAGUUUUGUCCCUGACAAUAUUCAGAUAUUUUGUGAAACGUCAGAUGUAAUUCAAAAUUUUGUCACAAUUCAAUAGAAAAUAGCUUUGCACGUUAUUUGCUCUAUUACAAUUUACUGUGAACUUUGUUUUCAGUAUGUUAAUAUCACUUGGUUUUGUUCUGUGAUAAUUACAAAUAAAACCAUCUUCAAAGGGAU